AAAAUAAGAAGCUUUGUACCGUAAGUUCUUUUUCUUUUUGCCUUUACUUCACACAUCAUGGGCAGUUGUCUAUCAAUUUUACAUAAAACUAAAAGUACAAACAGCAGAAAACCUAAAGAUCGUGAUAUAUUGAGCAACGCAAUGACUGGACAUCAAAACAAAACUCUAGUUACCAGCAACCUUACAAAUCUGAAUAUAAAGCGAGAAUUUCAUGAUAAAAAACAAACCACAUAUUGGUUACCGAAGGAUGAUGAAGAGCAAAGAAGACUUACCGGGCAACACUUUGCUAUCAAGAGUCUAUAUGAAGGAAAUGUGCUGCCCAGCAUAACAGAAGCUUUAGAUUUUGAAAAGGGAAUAAAUAUUCUCGAUGCAGGAUGUGGCUCUGCUGCUUGGAUUAUGGAUAUGGUACAAGAAUAUCCUAAUUGUACCUAUCAUGGCUGUGAUAUAGAUGACAUUACUUACAAGAAUAUUGAUGUAAAGCAGUUCAUCUUUAGCAUUGGAGAUAUUACCCAGAGACUUCCAUAUGAGGACAGCACUUUUGACUUUGUCCAUAUGCGAUUCUUUGUUGUUGCUCUCCGUGAAGAAGACGAAUGGCCAGCAGCUAUAAGUGAAGCGAUUCGAGUUACUAAGCCUGGAGGAAUGAUACAGAUGACAGAAUUUAAUUUACAGUUGCCUACAGAUCCAUCCAAUUUGUUUUAUAAAACUAUGUCAGCCUGUAUAGACUUGUCAAAAUCUAAAGGACAGAACCCACACAUUGGAACUGAGUUGGAGAAAAUGCUUUCAAGGCACAAUAAUAUAAAGAUUGUUCAGUCUGAGGGUAGAUCUUGUGAUAUGAGUAAGUAUACAAGUCAGUUUGGGGGAAACAAUUAGUAGUUAAGCUAGUUUAGGUUCUGGUACACCUACAGCAAAGAUGUUUAUCUGGGAUUGUUUAGAAGGAAUAAAAGGCAUUCAGCCUAUAAUAGGUCCAAAGUUAGGAAUUAAUACAGAGGAAGAACUAGACGAUUUUAUAGUAAAAUACAGGCAUGAUUUGGAAACAAAAGAAAGCAGAUUUUACUUAAACUCUGUUGCCGUUCAAAAGCUCUAACGUACAUUGUAAUAAAUUGUCAUAAACACUAAACUUUUCAGAGUGUGUCAAUACCAAUCAAGUGUGUCCUAAUAAGCUUAUCUAGGCCCUUAGU